AUGGCCAUCGUCAGCUCUCCCGGAUACGUAGGCAACCUGUCAUCGGACCAGGAAGCUAAACUGCGCCAGAUAUGGUCCAUCAUUCUGACAUUGAAUGAUAUGCCUCAGCCAGAAUUUCAAGAUGUGACACUAGAGAACCAAGAGAAACGUCCUCGGUCUGUCCACCGGCGGAGCUCGUCUCUUUCGAAGACCGUGUCAAACACCAGCAAUUCAAACCUUCCAAGUGACCUGGAUCAGAUCCUACUGGGUGUCGGAAUCAAUAGUACCGAGUUGAAGACCAUCCGCGAGUGCUUGAGCCGGGCCUCCAUCGAUGAGAUCCGCCGCAGCCUGUUAAGUACCGCCAAACAAGACCACCCCGACUCACUGCUCCUCCGUUUUAUCCGGGCCCGCAAGUGGGAUGUCAGCAAGGCUUUUGCGAUGAUGCUCGAAGCCUUAGUGUGGCGCGUGAAAGAGCAGCAUGUGGAUGAAAUGAUCGUUUCCAACAGCGAACUGCGUGCAUUCCAAGAAUCUCAAAAUAAAUCGAACCCCGAGAAGACGAAGGCCGGUAGUACAUUUCUGGCGCAGAUGCGAAUGGGCAAAUGCUACGUUCAUGGAACAGACCGUGCCGGUCGUCCGAUCGGAAUCGUGAAGGCACGACUACACAACCCGAAAGCACAGAGCGAAGAUGUGAUCAAGCGUUAUAUCCUGCAUGUCAUUGAGUCCGCACGACUAGUCUUGGUCCCCCCGGUUGAAUCUGUGGAAUAUGCGCCGGUGAAGUUCCUGAUUGACUGCUUCCAGGCCAACUAUCCCGAGUCCCUUGGAGUCAUGUUGAUCCAUAACGCACCAUGGAUCUUCUCUGGGAUUUGGAAGAUUAUCAAGGGAUGGAUGGAUCCCGUGAUCGUAUCCAAGGUCGACUUCACCUACACUGCUGCAGACCUUGAGAAGCAUAUUGCCCCUGAGCAGCUUGUCAAGGAACUAGGUGGAAGGGACCAGUACGAGUACAAGUUCAUUGAGCCUGUAGAAGGAGAGAAUGAGAGAAUGGAAGAUACCGUCACGCGGGAUGCACUCUUGGCGGAGCGAGAAAGGAUUGGCGAGGACUUACUCAAAGCGACUGCCGAGUGGAUCGAAGUUGCGAAAGAGGACGACUCCGUCAAGAUUAACGCUGUCAAGCAGCGCAGGAACGAUAUAAUUGAACAGAUGAGACUCAAUUACUGGAAGCUCGACCCAUAUGUCCGCGGCCGUGGCCACUUAGACCGCGAGGGGGUGAUAGGUGUGGAUGGAAAAGUCUCAUUCUAUCCCAAGACAGAGUCCGAGAUCCAGACGACAGAGACCAAGGCAGUAGCAGUGAAAUACAUUGCCAGUACACAGGCUAAGGUGGUGAACGCUCAAGUUUAA